CGUCGGGAGCGCGCAUGGGGAGGCAGGCAGGCAGGCGGGGACGCGCGCCGUGGGUGUAUUGUCGGAGCUGCUGUGUGUGUCUGUCUGUGUAUCAGGGGCAGAGGGAGAGCGGCUGCGAUGGGUCUGGUCGGGGUGGCAGCUCUGAUCCUGCUGCACGGAGCCGCUGUGGUCUGGGCACUGCCGGCUUGCACUAAGGCCGACUACCACUACGAGUACACGGACUGUGACAGCAGGGGCUCCCGCUGGAGGGUGGCCAUCCCCACGACUCCGGGCAAGUGUAGCGGGCUGCCCGAACCCAUCAUCGGCAGGGAAUGCUCUUUCUCCUGUGGAUCUGGGGAGUUCCUGGACCUGCUGAACCAGACGUGCAGCAAAUGUGCGGCAGGGACCUACUCGCUGGGCAGCGGGGUCAGAUUCACCGAGUGGGACAACUUCCCGCCAGGUUUCUCCACCGUGGCUACAUACGUGGAGGAUAUGGAUAACACAGCCGCAGUCAAUGGAAUCUACUGCAACUCGUCCAGCUGGGUACCACAGGGGACGUACAUAGCCUCCAACAGAGACGACUGCACUGUCUCUCUCAUCUACUCCGUACACCUGAAGAAGCCAGGAAGUGUCGCCUUUGAGUACCAGUAUGUGGACAACAGCAUCUUCUUUGAGUUUUUUGUUCAGAAUGAUCAGUGCCAAGAUACGGAAUCGCCCGAUCAGAAAUGGAUGCGUUUGACGGAAAGGGAUGAGUGGAAGAGGCAUUCGGUGACUCUGAAGACUGGCACCAACAUUCUCUACUGGCGGACCACCGGAAUCCUUCUGGGUGAAAAACUGGCCAAACCAGUUCUCCUGAAAGGAAUCUACAUUGAAGGUUCGUCUGCUUGCAAACCUUGCCCCAGAAACACCUUCUCUGCUCGUGAAGCCAACUCCUGCCAGAGAUGUGAUGAAACUCGCCAGUUUUCAGAAGAAGGAUCGAGUAAAUGUCAAAAUCGGCCACCAUGCACAGAGAAAGAUUACUUCCAGAUACACACACAAUGUGACAGCAACAAAAAGACGCAGGUGAUGUACAAGUGGAUCUCGCCGAAGCUUUGCCGUGAGGACAUGGCAAAGGCCAGCGGACUUCCGCCGUCUGGGGAGAAGCAGGACUGUCCCCCCUGUAACCCCGGCUUCUACAACAACGACACCUCCAGCUGUGCCCCCUGCCCACCUGGUACACACUCCGAUGGCAUGGCAGCUUGCCAGCAGUGCCCAGCAGGCACGGAGCCAGUCGUGGGGUUUGUGUACAAGUGGUGGAACACACUGCCCUUCAACAUGAAGACCUCGUGCUUCAACGUGGCCAACACCAAGUGUGACGGCAUGAAUGGGUGGGAGGUGGCUGGAGAUCACAUCCACAGUGGCAUCGGAGGCUCCGACAACGACUACCUCAUCCUCAGCCUCCACAUCCCCAGCUUCAGCCCGCCCACGUCCACGUCGCAGUCCACGGGGGCCGAGGUGGGGAGGAUCACCUUCGUGUUCGAGACCCAGUGCGACGACCUGUGUGAGCUGUACUUCAUGGUGGACAUCAACAGGAAGACGACCAAUGUAGUCGAGUCUUGGGAAGGCAGCAAGGAGCGUCAGUCCUACACUCACCUGAUCACCAAUAACGCAGCUGUCACCUACACCUGGGCCUUCCAACGGCAAAACUCCCCGCUGGAGGUGCGCAAGAACCAGGCGGACAACGUGAAGAUCUACCUCAUCACGGUGAGUAACGCGGCCAAUGGCGUGGGGCUGAUGUGUCGGCCUUGUGCGCUGGGCUCUGACCAGAGUAGCCCCACCUGCGUGCCCUGCCCGGCUGGACACUACAUCGACAAGGCCACCAACCAGUGCCGAGAGUGCCCGGCCAACACCUACCUGUCCCCGCACCACCUGUACGGCCUGGAGUCGUGCAUUCCCUGUGGCCCAGCCAGCCACAGUAACAAGGACCACUCGGUGUGUUUCAGCGACUGCUCCUUCACCCUCGCCAUGGACAACCGCACUCUGGCAUUCCAGUUCAGCGGCCUCAACACCGUCACCUCCCUGAUGAAUGGGCCCAGCUUCACCUCCAGAGGGACCAAAUACUUCCACUUCUUCAACAUCACCCUGUGUGGAAACGAGGGCCGGAAGGGCGCCGUGUGUUCGGACAACGUGACGGACGUGACUCUGCCGGACGUACAGAACGACGCCGACACCUUUAGCAACGUCAUCACCUCCUUCCUCUGCCAGUCCACCAUCAUCCCGUCCGAUGGCCGGAGCUUCCGGACCGCACUGUCCUCUCAGUCCAUCAGCCUGGCCGACUCCUUCCUUGGAGCCAGCGUUGAGCCGUCGAUGCAGAACAUCACCGCACGGCCAAACCACUUCCCUCCUCCAGAAACCCACCUCCCCGACAUUCACUUCUUCUACAUGUCCUCUGUGUCGACGGCCUCGUGUGAAGGUGGGCGUGGGGCGGUGGUGACCAUGAGAUGCAGCCCCGGGACGGACGAACGUGGAGAGAUCUCCGUACCGAGUGACUGCCCAGGGGGGACAUGUGACGGUUGUACCUUCCUCUUCCUCUGGCAGAGUGCCGGAGCCUGCCCGCUCUGCACGUCUGCCGACUUCCACCAGAUCGAGGGAGCGUGCCGUGGUGGCAUCCAGGAAACGACAUACGUUUGGAAGGAGCCGAAGGUUUGCACGAAAGGGUUUCCGUUGCCCCCCAAGGCCAUCGCCAACUGCGAGAUGAUCGACUUCUGGUUGAAAGUGGUGGUGGGAAUCGGAGCCUUCACCGCUGUCCUCCUCAUCAUCCUAACCUGUUACUUCUGGAAAAAGAACAAGAAGUUGGAGUACAAAUAUUCCAAGCUGGUGAUGAACGCAAACUCCAGGGAGGUGGAGCUGCCGGCCGCAGAUAGCUGCGCCAUCAUGGAGGGCGAGGACAAUGAAGAGGAGGUGUUCUACUCCAAAAAAUCCUCACUGUUGGGGAAGCUCAAGUCAUUAGCUUCAAAGGAUAAAGAGGAUAUUUUUGAGUCGGUACAACUGAAGUCGCCUCGGGCGCGCAAUAUAUGAAGGCGUGAACUUGGCGUUGGAGGACGUUGGCGGCGAUCCCAGCCGCCGCUCGUGAGGAGCUAAUGCCAAGCACAGCUGAAGUCGGGAGACAAUGACACCUCCUGAACGUUACUGCCCCCCCUCCUCACGUGUUUCUCCCAGAACCUUUUGCAAACAGUCGGUGUUUGUUUGCCUUAUUGUGCGGGAACGAAGAGGCCGCUGACCAGAAUUUGUCCAAAGCGCCCGCCACCCACCCCCC